AUCUAUGCUCACCCGCCCGUCGACAGGCCGCCCCUGUCUCCUGCUUCCGCUCGCAUUGUAGGGUGGUUGAGAGGAAGGAUACCGAAGAGCGAAAAUGGGAGUAGAAAUUGAGACCAUAACUCCGGGCGAUGGACGGACAUUCCCGAAGAAGGGGCAGCGCGUCGUGGUUCACUAUGUCGGCACACUGGCAGAUGGGAAAGUGUUUGACUCUUCGCGGUCCCGGGGGAAGCCGUUCAAAUUCAAGAUUGGACACCAGGAGGUUAUCCGUGGUUGGGAAGAAGGAGUAGCCCAGAUGAGUGUAGGUCAGCGGGCAAAGCUGAUUUGCUCACCAGACUUUGCCUAUGGCAGCAAAGGGCACCCAGGGAUCAUCCCACCCAACGCCACUCUCACCUUCGAUGUGGAGCUGCUGAGCCUGGAAGCCUGAAACUUGUGCACUCACUUUGUUAAAUUCCACUCAAAUUUUCAGGGUUGACUCCUAUCUCGGGAACAUGGAGGAAAUAUGUAAACAGAUGAUUCCUGCUCUUGAUUCCUGCAUAGGACCUAUUCACUAGUUCACUCUCCUUUCCAUUUCGAUGCAUAUUAUGUCGUCACUUGCUUUAAAACUUUAUCCUUCAUACUAUACUUUAGAUUCCAUACAAUAAUAAGUCAUAGGCCAUCCCAUCCCAUGUAUUUUGUCAAAUUAUGCUAUGUAUUUUUGUAUUUUUUUUUCUUUUUCUUUUUUGUUUUAUUUGACUUAAAUUUUGCAAAAUGUGUCUGCCAUCAGGACCAGGUUUUAGAUAAGUGUCAGAACUAUUGAAUCAAUCUCAUUCCUGUGGUUCUGUGGCCUUUUACACAAAAAUUGUAUUGAUUGCGGGUAAUGAAUUGUCUUGAAUAAAAAUAAGAAUAAAUUGUUGUUUGACACAAAUGAUAUUUCUAUGAAUGAACUUUGUGAUACUUGUUAUUUGGCGAAAUUAUAAAAAAAAAAAAAAAAAAAAAAAAAGUAUGGAAUACAUUGUAACCAGGGAUUUAUGAAUCAAGCACAUUUAUGCCAUGAAUAGCCCACAGGUCUCUGCAGAUGUAGAUAUUUCUUUGUCUAUUCUGCAGCAUCAAUUCUUAAUUUAUAUGAGUGAAAUGACUUUAUUGCUCUAACGUUGACAGCUGGACAUUAUGUGUCUUGUUGAUUGCUUGUAAAAAGCCAAAAGAAGGUCUUAUGGGAAAAAUAUUUGGUUUCUGGUGAAAGGUUUCUAAACUUGCAUGGUAAGUUCCCCCACAGAUUUUUAGGCACAUCUUGGGGUUUGUGAUUAUUUUAUUUGAAGGAGUUGUGUGUAACAAGCUUUGGAUGUUGUAAAAGGUCUGUUCAUUACUCUAAACACAUUAAAAAGAGUACUUUUAACACAAA